GAACUGGCAGACAGUAGUGAUGGCCUGGAAGUCAAGAUACCUGAGCAGUCUCCCCUGCGUGUUGUCCUGGGAAGCUCCCUGAACAUCCCCUGUUACUUCAACAUCCCAGAGGAAGAGGAUCUGAACCCACGGAUCAAAUGGAGCAAGCUCUCAAACGGGACAGAAGUCGUCUUGUUAGUGGCCACCGGUGGGAAAAUCCGGCUCAACACCGAGUACAGGGAGGCGAUCUCCUUGCCCAAUUAUCCCGCUAUCCCCACUGAUGCCACUUUGGAAAUCAAGGCGCUGAGAUCCAACCACACUGGGAUUUAUCGCUGUGAAGUGAUGUAUGGGAUUGAGGACAGACAAGACACAAUAGAGGUCCUAGUGAAAGGCAUCGUAUUCCACUACAGAGCAAUCUCCACAAGGUACACCUUGAACUUUGAGAAAGCAAAGCAGGCCUGUAUCCAGAACAGUGCUGUCAUUGCUACUCCCGAGCAGCUGCAAGCUGCCUACGAGGAUGGGUACGAGCAGUGUGAUGCUGGCUGGCUGGCUGAUCAGACUGUCAGGUACCCCAUCCACUGGCCCCGGGAGCGCUGCUAUGGCGACAAGGAUGAAUUUCCAGGAGUGAGGACCUACGGUGUCCGUGAGCCAGAUGAAACCUAUGAUGUUUACUGCUAUGCAGAGCAAAUGCAAGGUAAAGUCUUCUAUGCCACCGCCCCAGAGAAGUUCACCUUCCAAGAAGCCUUCGACAAAUGCCGCAGUUUGGGAGCCCGUUUGGCCACCACGGGAGAGCUGUACUUGGCCUGGAAGGACGGCAUGGAUAUGUGCAGCGCAGGCUGGCUGGCCGAUCGCAGCGUCCGCUACCCCAUUUCCAGAGCACGGCCCAAUUGCGGAGGAAACCUGGUGGGCGUGCGAACAGUGUACCUGUACGUCAACCAAACAGGGUACCCUCACCCCGACUCUCGCUACGAUGCCAUCUGCUAUAGUGGGGAUGACAUUGAGACUCUGGUCCCAGGGCAGUUCAUCGAUGAGAGGGGAGGUGAGUUGGGCAGCGCUUUCACUGUCCAGACCGUCACCCAGACCGAAAUGGAGCUGCCUCUGCCACGCAACGCCACGGAGGAGGAAGCCCGUGGCAGCAUCGCCACCCUGGAGCCCAUUGAGAUCACACCCACAGCCACGGAGAUGUACGAGGGCUUCACCGUCCUGCCCGAUCUCUUCGCCACCGGUGUCACAGUAGAGACAGCUACCCCUGAGGAAGAGAACGUCACCAGGGGGGAUGUCACAGGGGUGUGGGCUGUACCUGAAGAGCUCACCACCAUAGCCUUAGGCACUGUCCUCACCACCGAAAUGGCAGAAGUGAGCUCGGUGGAACAGGUUGUGAUGGUAACUGCCACAUCAGGACUAGAGUCUGCCUCGGCGUUCACAGUGGAAGAUCAGCUUGUGCAAGUGACAGCAGUCCCCGGUCUCGGUCUUCUCCCUGAGCAGCCCGUCUCCCCCACGGGUGUGGUCUUUCACUACCGUGCUGCCACCAGCAGAUACGCCUUCUCCUUCGUCCAAGCCCAGCAGGCCUGCCUGGAGAACAACGCAGUUAUCGCCACUCCCGAACAGCUCCAGGCUGCCUAUGAGGCUGGCUUUGACCAGUGUGAUGCCGGCUGGCUGCGGGACCAGACAGUCAGAUAUCCCAUUGUGAAUCCCCGAAGUAACUGCAUAGGAGACAAAGAGAACUCUCCAGGUGUGCGGUCGUACGGCAUGCGCCCAGCCUCGGAGACCUACGAUGUGUACUGCUACAUCGACAGGCUCAAGGGUGAGGUGUUCUUCGCAACCCAGCCAGAGCAGUUCACCUUCCCAGAAGCUCAGCAGUACUGUAAGAGCCAAAAUGCCACGCUGGCCUCUGUUGGCCAACUUCAUGCCGCCUGGAAGCAGGGCCUGGACAGAUGUUACGCUGGCUGGUUAUCUGACGGCAGCCUUCGUUAUCCCAUCGUAAGCCCCCGUCCCGCUUGCGGGGGGGAUGCGCCUGGUGUGAGAACCGUCUACCAGCACUACAACCAGACGGGCUUUCCUGACCCAUUGUCUCGGCAUCAUGCCUUCUGCUUCAGAGGUCUGCCACCUGCAGAGGAGGAGGGAGUCACCUCGUUCUUUGAAGAUGUGCUGGCAACCCAAGUGAUCCCAGGAGUGGAGGGGAUACCCUCUGGGGAGGAGGUGACUGUGGAGACAGAGUUUGCCACUCAACCUGAGAAUCAGACAGCCUGGGGGACAGAGGUCUUUCCAACUGAUGUGUCGCUGCUCUCAGUAAGUCCAACUGCUUUUCCUCCAACUACCAUAAUACCAGAGGAAACAAGUACCGAUGCUUCCAUCAGCGAAGUGUCAGGGGAAGUGACUGAAUCUGGAGAACAUCAAGUCAGUGGUGAAUUUUCAGCAUCCGGGUGGGUAUCUGGAGUCCCGGAUACAAGUGGAGAACCAGCUUCUGGAGUUUUUGAACUUAGUGGAGAACAUUCAGGGAUCGGAGAAAGUGGAUUACCAUCGGUAGACCUGCAUACCAGUGGCUUUCUACCUGGAGAAAGCGGGCUACCCUCAGGGGACCUGAGUGGCAUGCCUUCUGGCGUUGUUGACAUCAGUGGCCUACCUUCUGCAGAGGAAGAUAUAUCGCUGUCUACUUCAAGGAUACCAGAAGUUAGUGGGAUGCCAUCUGGAGCGGAAAGCAGUGGGCUGCCUUCUGGAUUUAGUGGAGAAGUCUCUGGCACUGAGCUAGUCAGCGGCAUGUCAUCUGGAGAGGAAAGUGGGCUCGCCUCUGGUUUUCCUACUGUCUCCCUUGUGGAUACCACAUUGGUGGAAGUUGUCACAACAGUGCCAGAACGGCAAGAGGAGGGAAAAGGAUCCAUCGGAGUCAGCGGUGAAGGAGAUAUGUCAGGGCUCCCAUCCACUGAGUGGGACACCAGUGGCAGAACCCAAGGUUUACCCUCAGGAACUGAGCUCAGCGGGGAGUCUUCUGGGGUACCUGAGCUCAGUGGGGAGCCCUCCGGAGGGCCUGAGCUCAGUGGGGAGCCUUCUGGGCUUAGUGGGGAGCCUUCUGGGGUACCCGAGCUCAGCGGAGAGCCCUCCGGAGGGCCUGAGCUUAGUGGGGAGCCUUCUGGGGUACCCGAGCUCAGCGGGGAGCCCUCUGGAGGGCCUGAGUUCAGCGGGUUGCCCUCAGGACUGGAUGUCAGCGGAGAACCAUCUGGAACUCAUGAGGUCAGUGGCCUGGUGGACCUAAGUGGCCUUACUUCUGGUAUUGAUGGAAGCGGUGAGGCCUCGGGCAUUACCUUUGUAGAUACCAGUUUGGAGGAAGUGACAACAACCCCCUCAAUUACAGGAGCAGAAGCAAAAGAGAUUUUGGAAAUCAGUGGAUUGUCUUCAGGAGGAGAAGAUGCAUCAGGCAUGGUAUCUGGGAGUUUAGACAUCAGUGGUGAGCCUUCUGGGUAUGUAGACUUUGGUGGGAGUGUUUCUGGAGUGCUCGAGAUGAGCGGACAUCCGAGUGGAGUGAUUGACAGCAGUGGAGAAGUCUCUGGAGUUGAUGUCACCAGUGGCCUACUGUCGGGAGAGGAAAGUGGGCUCACCUCUGGCUUUCCCACAGUCUCUCUUGUGGAUACAACUUUGGUGGAAGUUGUAACACAGACGUCGGUUGCACAAGAGGUGGGAGAAGGGCCAUCUGGGGUAAUAGAAAUCAGUGGAUUUCUUUCGGGAGACAGAGGACUAUCUGGAGAAGGAUCCGGAGCCGUGGAGACUAGUGGGUUUCCUUCAGGGACACAAGACUUCAGUGGAGAGCCAUCUGGGAUCCCGUACAUCAGUGGAGACAUUUCUGGAGCCACAGAUCUAAGUGGACAAUCUUCAGCAGUGACUGAUGUUAGUGGGGAGGCCUCAGGGCUUCCAGAAGUCACUUUAGUCACUUCUGAUUUAGUAGAAGUUGUGACAAGACCAACAGUAUCACAGGAACUAGGGGGGGAAACAGCUGUCACUCCCUACAGUUUUGGGCCAAGUGGUGAGGUCUCUGCAUCUGGUGAACUAAGUGGGGAAACAUCUGCAUUGCCAGAAAGAGGUAUAGAAACAUCAACAGCUUAUGAAAUCAGUGGUGAAACAUCUGCAUUUCCUGAAAGUGCUAUAGAAACAGCCAGGAUUCAAGACAUCAGUGGGGAAACAUCUGCAUUUCCUGAAACCAGUGUAGAAACGUCCACGAUUCAUGAAAUCAGUGGGGAGACAUCUGCAUUUCCUGAAUUUAGCAUAGAAACAUCAACAAUUCAAGAAAUCAGUGGAGAAACAUCUGCACUUCCUGAAAUUAUCACAGAAACAUCCACAAUUCAAGAAGUAAGUGGGGAAACCUCUGCAUUUCCUGAAAUUAGCACAGAAACAUCCACAAUACAAGAAAUCAGUGGGGAAACAUCUGCAUUUCCUGAAAUUAGAAUAGAAACAUUCACAAGUCAAGAGGCCAGGGGUGAAACAUCUGGCUACCCUGAAAUUAGAAUAGAAACAUCCACAGUCCAUGAAACCAGUGGAGAAACCUCUGCCUUUCCUGAAAUUAGCAUAGAAACUUCAACAGUACACGAAAUCAGUGGAGAAACAUCUGCCUUUCCUGAAAUUAGCAUAGAAACUUCCACAGUCCAUGAAAUCAGUGGAGAAACAUCUGCCUUUCCUGAAAUUAGCAUAGAAACUUCCACAGUCCAUGAAACCAGUGGAGAAACAUCUGCCUUUCCUGAAAUUAGCAUAGAAACUUCAACAAUACACGAAAUCAGUGGAGAAAGUUCUGCAUUUCCUGAAAUUAGAAUAGAAACAUCCACAAAUCAAGAAACCAGGGGUGAAACAUCUGCCUAUCCUGAAAUUAGUAUAGAAACAUCCACAGUUCAUGAAACCAGUGGGGAAACAUCUGCAUUCCCUGAGAUUAGUGUAGAAACACCAACAAGUCAAGAAGCCAGGGGUGAAACAUCUGCCUAUCCCGAAAUUAGCAUAGAAACAUCCACAGUUCAAGAAGUAAGUGGAGAAACCUCUGCAUUUCCUGAAAUUAGAAUAGAAACAUCCACAAGUCAAGAAGCUCGGGGUGAAACAUCUGCAUUUCAUGAGACUAAUAUAGAAACAUCCACAGUCCAUGAAACCAGUGGAGAAGCAUCUGCAUUGCCUGCUGCUAACUUCGAAACAGCUGCCACAUCUUUGGCCAGUGGUGAGCCCUCUGGUGCUCUGGAGAGGAAGGAAAUUCCUGACGCAACAUCUGGAGCUGUGACACACUCGAUUGCAGCCGUUUCAGGAGAAACCUCUGUCCCAGAUGUUGUAAUUAGUACCAGUACUCCAGAUGUUGAACCAACACAGGCACCCAGGAACCCUGAAGAGGCUCAGCUUGAAAUAGAGCCCUCCCCUCCCGUGGUGUCAGGACAAGAGAUGGAGACAGCUGUUGUUCUAGAGAAUUCCCAUCUGCUGGCCACCGCGACUGCUGACCUGCCUCAAGUCUCCCAAGAAGCAAUAGACACAUUAGGACCCACUACAGAAG